AUGGCAACAUCGGAGAAUACCCUCGAUAUUAAUCUGCAAAAUUUAAAAGUCGAAGAAUCGACUACGCCGAAACCGGAAGUAGCCAACGCUGCCACUACGGAAAAAGUGGCUAAACCAAAAAAAGAAAAGCCUAAGCAGGACAAACCCAAACAAGAAAAACCUAAACAGGAAAAGCCCAAGCAAGAAAAACCUCAAGCUACUGAUGAAGCACCCGCAGAAGUACUGGAUUAUAAUCGAUCGCCUGAAGAAAUUGAAAAGGCAUUGGAAGAAUGGUCUAAGAAACCAUUGACAAUGAAUAAACGACAACCUGAUGAAAAAAUAUUACCAAAACCUGAUGUUCGAAAUAUCAUGAUAACAAGUGCUUUACCAUACGUCAAUAAUGUUCCUCAUUUGGGUAAUCUUGUUGGUUCUUUACUAAGUGCUGAUGUUUUUGCUAGGUAUUGUCGAUCGAGAAAUUACAAUACCUUAUUUAUUUGUGGUACUGACGAAUAUGGUACAGCCACUGAAACAAAAGCACUGGAAGAAAAAUGUACACCAAGAGAAAUCUGUGACAAAUAUUAUGCAUUGCAUAGAAAAAUUUAUGAUUGGUUUCAAUUAGAAUUUGAUUUUUUUGGACGAACAUCUACACAAAAACAAACUGAAAUUGCUCAAGAUAUUUUUUGGAAAUUACACAAACGAAAUCUUGUUUCUAAAAAUACUGUUGAACAAUUAUUUUGUGAAACUUGUCAACGUUUUCUAGCAGAUCGUUAUGUAGCCGGUACUUGCCCAGAUCCAGCAUGCAAAUACGUUGAUGCUCGUGGUGACCAAUGUGAUAAAUGUGGAAAAUUAAUUAACGCGAUUGAACUUGUUGAACCUAAAUGUCAAAUUUGUCGUUCAACACCACAAAUAAGAAAAUCUGAACAUCUAUUUCUUGAUUUACCAACGCUAUCACCUGAUGUUCAAUCAUGGUUUCAAAACUCAAGCAAGACUGGCCAUUGGACAAAUACAGCAAGUGCAAUCACUGAAGCUUGGCUUAAAAAAGGUCUAGAACCGCGCUGUAUUACACGCGAUCUUAAAUGGGGAACACCAGUACCUUUGGAAGGGUAUACAGAUAAAGUUUUCUAUGUAUGGUUUGAUGCACCCAUUGGAUAUAUAUCCAUUACAGCAAAUUAUACCGAUGAAUGGGAAAAAUGGUGGAAACAACCGGAUCAAGUUUCAUUAUUUCAAUUCAUGGCUAAAGAUAAUGUACCAUUUCAUUCCGUUAUCUUUCCAGCUUGUCUCUUGGGAACACAAGAUAAUUAUACAACAGUAAAUAAUCUCUCUGGCAUAGAUUAUCUCAAUUAUGAAGACGCUAAAUUUUCUAAAAGUCGUGGUAUUGGUGUAUUUGGUGAUCAUGCACAAACUACAGAAAUUCCUUCGGAUAUUUGGAGAUUUUAUCUUAUGUAUGCUCGACCAGAAACACAAGAUAGUGUAUUUUCAUGGACUGAUUUAAUGUCGAAGAAUAAUUCCGAAUUAUUGAAUAAUUUAGGCAACUUCAUUAAUCGAGCGAUUGCUUUUUGCGAAAAAAAUUUUGGUGGUAAAAUUGGUGAUGCUACUCAAUUAGAAGCAGAAAUGGAUCGAAAAUUUGUUGCUCAAAUUACUUAUGAACUAAAUGGUUAUUUAGAAGCAAUGGAAAAGACCAGACUUCGUGAUGGUAUUAAAUGUGUUUUACGCAUGUCUCGUUAUGGUAAUCAAUUUUUACAAGUAAAAGAACCAUGGAAAAGAUGUAAAGGUUCCGAUGCUGAAAAACGCGAUGCUGAAAUUAGUAUCACUCUUGCAUUAAAUCUCGUUUAUUUACUUUCAUUGGUUCUUCACCCAUUUAUGCCAACAACAUCGGAUGAAAUUCGACAACAACUCAACAUUCAAGAAACGACUUAUGCAUUAGAUAAUGCAUUUCGUUGCUAUUUACCAGUCGGUCAUACUAUCGGUCAAGCCAGACCAUUAUUUAAACGUGUUGAACAGGCUUUGGUCGAUGAAUAUCGUUUACGUUUUUCAGGUCAAAAAAAAUAA